GUGAGUGCCCGUCACUGGAAUGCGUGGUCCCGCUGCAGUCAGGCACAGGUUGGAGUGGAAGAGGUUCUGCGGCUUUGAGUCUGAUCCGCAGAAGAGAUGCGCCGGAUUCUGCUGCAAAUUGCGCCUCUGCGCAUUUUUUCUCUUCCUCAGAAGGAAGACCCCGAAUAGGUUCAUGACCUAAACCAUUUUAAUUAGUGGGGGAAGAAGUUCCACUGUUUCUGCGCGGUUUGGCCCCUCCUCAGAGACCGGACUCUGCUGCGUCACUUUACAGUCCAAUUCAUUCCUUGACUGCCUUGGAUUUUUUAUUAUCACCCAGGAUGUGUACAGGCGGAACAUUAUAGCGGAACGUUGGCCGUUGGUUUCUUUGUGCUUAAAGAAAAGAGGCAGUGAUGUAUACAGGACGCAAGAGGAGAAAACCUGUCCAGAGAGCGGUGAAGCAGCCCCCUGCUGAGGGGACCAAGUCAAAUCCAUCCAAACGGCACCGGGACCGGCUGAACGGUGAACUGGAGCGACUGGCCAGCCUGCUGCCAUUUUCUGAGGAGGUUACUGCUAGUCUAGACAAACUCUCCAUCCUACGUCUGAGCGUCAGCUACCUACGAGCCAAGAACUUCUUCUCUGUGGCCCUGACCAGUCAGAAUGGAGCCACAGCCACCAGAGGAAACAAUGAGGACAAGACAACAGGAGCUACAGAAAAAAAGAUCUCUGAAGGAGAGCUUCUGCUGCAGGCUCUCAAUGGGUUUGUCCUAGUCAUCACCAGCGAUGGGACCAUUUUCUACUCCUCUCACACCAUCCAGGACUACUUGGGCUUCCAUCAGACAGAUGUCAUGCACCAGAGCGUGUAUGAGCUGGUCCAUACAGAAGAUCUUCAGGAACUUAGAAGAAACCUGCACUGGGCUUUGAAUCCUCCCCAGGCUGCAGCAUCUGGCAUUUCCCAGAACACCCCCCAAGAGAUUGAACCUGACAGCAGCUGUUCUUUGGUCACCUACAACCCUGAGCAACUUCCACCAGAGAACUCCUCCUUCCUGGAGAGGAUCUUUGUGUGUCGCUUCCGCUGCCUCUUAGAUAACUCCUCCGGCUUCCUGGCUCUGACCAUCCAGGGCAGACUCAAGUUUCUGCAUGGACAAAACCAGUGGCAAGAAAACGGAGGAAAGGCCAUGCCCCAGCUGGCCCUUUUUGCUAUCGCAACUCCUCUGCAGCCUCCAUCCAUCCUGGAGAUCAGGACCAAAAAUAUGAUUUUCAGGACCAAACACAAGCUGGAUUUUACUCCCCUGGCCUGUGAUGCUAAAGGAAAGAUUGUUCUGGGGUACACUGAGGCUGAACUACGAGUACGAGGAUCAGGAUAUCAGUUCAUCCACGCAGCAGAUAUGUUGUACUGUGCAGAGAACCACGUCAGAAUGAUAAAAACAGGGGAGAGUGGACUGACUGUGUUCAGGCUCCUCACCAAAGACAAUCGCUGGAAAUGGGUCCAGGCCAACGCCCGGCUGGUGUACAAGAACAGCAAACCGGACUACAUCAUUGCCACCCAGAGGCCACUUCUGGAUGAAGAGGGAGGAGAACAUCUGCGUAAGCGCUCCAUGCAUCUCCCCUUUACCUUUGCCACAGGUGAGGCCUUACUCUACCAGUCCAACCACCCCAUCGCAGGCUUCAUUGAUGGAAGCCAGGAGAAAAACAGCAGUAAGUCCAAGAAGAGCCGGACUGAAAGGCUGCUUAGGGAUGGCUUGGAUCCUGGCUCCCUUCUUGGGGCUCUCAUGAGUCAGGAUCAGUCUGUGUAUGUUUGCCAACCAGCUCUUGAACCCAAAACAUCCUUUCACUGCAGUUUAUUUAGAGAGCAGAAAGACAUUUCUGUCUCCGAACCUUCCAGGCAGAGCAGGAGCUGGGACGAGCCUCAUAAUGGCGUUUUGGAGUCAGGCAUUUCAGAACCCAGCACCAGCUUUGACCCACUGCUAGCUACCCUGGAUUCCCUUACCUUGGAAGGCCAAGGUGUGGUGGAUGAGGAGGAUGGGGGUUGUUCAAACAAUGAGCUGUUUGGUGCACUGGAAGGGCUGGGGCUUAGCGCUGAGGACCUGGAGCUGCUGCUGCUAGAUGAGCGAAUGAUUAGUGUGGAGAUGGAUUCUGGGCAUGUGCCUACUUUGGAUGACCUCCUGACAAAUGAUGAAAUCCUCUCAUAUAUCUACAACUGUAUUGAAGAAAAGGCUGUCUCCACCGAGGAUAGGCGACAGGCACUUCCUAGCACAACAGUGACCUCUACAGCAUCUGAAAAUAAUCCCAGAUCCGAUACCGAUGUGCAGAUGCAUUUUCCUCACUGUAAGCCUAUUCUGGUGGGGCAGGCUCCUAUUGUGCAACUGUCACAGCAGAUGCAGCAGCAUCUCAACAUGCGAACCUACCAUGAUUGGAGCCAGCAUAAUGACCAUUUGACUAAUGGAGAGCUGCUGGGGCAUAAUCCAUCCCUCCACAAUGGACACCGGACAUCUCAGAACAUUCUUGUCAGUGCAGGAAUACAUCUCCGACAGAUAAACACUCAGCAGAUGGUUUUCAGCAACAAGGCCUCAGACAUAGAUGACCAGGUUUUUCAGCAGCAAAUGCACCAACAAUUUCAACAUCAGCAGCAGUCGAUGACGCAGAAGCAGCUCUCUGAGCACUGCCAUGCCCAAACGAGAUCAACCACUUUUAAUAGAAUGUGUGACGUCUUCAGCUCCAGUGGGUCCACAGACAAAUCCCAGUGGCAGGAUUUUGGUUUCACUGGGAGUCUUGGUAGCAACACCUGUCCUGACAACAGCCAGAAACCUAAUGCGAACACUUCUUUGGACUUGUGCACAAACUACAGAAUGCCAGAAAUUACCAAUGUCCAUGGAAGCGUUUUUUUUGGGAAGGUUGAACAGCAGGAUGGGAGUGAGUUUGCAGUUCCAUUUCUCCGACAGCAGCAACAGCAAGAGAGGGCUGAUCCCUUUGGUCAGGUUAUCUCCAGUUUAUCUCAUUGCUCUCUUCCCAACACGUCCCUGGAGCAGAUUCUGGGAGUUGGAAAGCCCUGCCAUCAGCUGGACCAUAAUGACAUAGUGAGCUCCAAGAUCAGCCACGACCCCAGUAAUAGUAAGAUAAAGAAAAGCUGCAUCCUGAGCAGUUCCCGUCCUGGAAGCUGUGUCCUGUCCAAUAGGAAUGGAGCAGUGCCCCCUGCUGUCAAUAUGGCCAAUUCUGAGACUUCACCUCGAGCCCCCGACCCACAAUCCAGCAGCUUCUACCUCUGACCAAGUGAUCAUCAUGUAGCAGGACACUGUGAAGAAACAGAAACAGAGCAGCCUUAUGCAUAAAAGGAACACACAUCUUUAAUAAUUUUCUGGGGGAGGGGCCAUGGUGUUAUACAGUAAUUUAACUCUUAUUAUCACCAGUUCAUUGUUUAAAGUCAUGCAGUGAAGAGUCUACAUUAUGUUGAUGAGUUUAAAUGAGUUAUGUGAAGGUGUUCACAUUUCAUUAACAUGAUUAAGAAGCUGAAUAUCUGCCAUUUUAACCCGUUGCCAUGGCAACAAGUCAAAACGGACAGCGGGAAAACUGUUUGACUUCUGUGUGUCGUCUCCAUUGAUAGUAUUAUGUAUUUAUUUUCACCUGUGAAGGCACAAAAUUUAGAUUUGGACUAUUCAGGAGAUGAUGGUUGAAGAUCAAGAAUGUAUGAUGUACUGACAUCUAAGAAGACAAAUUUUAAAGUAAAACCUCCUAAAUAAGCCUCAGCUGUCCCCAAAAUGUUGUUUCUACAAAAAAAAUAUCUAGUACAGAACAAGAAGCACGUUGGAGCCUGUGAUUGGUUCGUUCUUGCUGAAUGUACAGACAUUGAUUUAUUGUUCUUCCAGGUAAAUAUGUGUAAAUCCUUAUGCUGCAGCACAAUGAUCUCACUCUGGAAAUUUCAGGAAAAUGCUCUUAUUCAGUGGGGAAAACACAACUGUUAAAAAAUUAUUACUUUUAACAUAAUAAUGGAUGGCACGAUUACUGGUAGUAAUAACAGUCUCUUCAGAAUAAACUGAGCUAAAACCACCACACACAAUGAGCAGGAUGGCAAGAGAGAUGGAAAAUAUCCAAAGGUCACUGUUAGAGCACUGCUGUAGAGAGUGACGGCAUGGGGUCACCUCAUCUCCAUAACAACCAUUAGACACCAUCAACAAGCCGUGUUGUUUGGGACACAUGCCAGAAAAACAUUUUCUCUGUCUUACCAUCACAAGCAUAAAUAUGUACAGUUUUGUAAACUCUACUGGGACUUUAACUGGGACGGUGUUCUUUGGUCAGUGGUGAAAAUUAAGUGUUGUCCUAAAAGAGCUAGAUAUAGGGGAUUCAUAUCAGUUACUGCUAGUUUUUUAUGUAUUUGUAGGGUAACAAAUACAUUAACGCUGCUGUUGCUGGAAACCCGUAUCUGGCAAUUCAAAUAAGCUUCUACAGGUAUUUCCUGUUCUGCUUUGAAUCCAAACACACCACUCAAUUGAGUGAUUUCAUUCCUUUGAUAAGCCCUUCCAUCACACGGCGAGAAUGUUAUCUUUCAGCAGUAAAGAUAUUCUCUAAAUGUUUGAAAUUUAGAAAUAUGGAUCAAGAAGUUGGAUGGAAAUAAUGAGCACUUUAUUUUGAGCAGUCACUAAAUGCAGGUGUGUUUCUUGUAUAUUUGAAGUUUCUGGUGGAAAGCAGAUAAAUUAUUCUUGUUUUCAGGUCCAUUGUAAAGGAUGGUUUCUUUUUAUCACAAGCUUAAAAACUUUGAUAGCACUAAUUGUUUUUUUUUUUUCUUUUUCUGCUUAAUGUGUUUUCUUUCUUGUGUUUCUUUGUUACUGCAAACACCCCCUGUCCCUUUAAUUCUCUCCACUGCUGGAGGGUUAAUGAACCUGAUUACAGGAAAUGUUCAUGUUCCAUUCAUUCUUCUACAGCAGGCAUAUGGUUGUCUGUGAGGUUAAUGUGUAAGAAGAGCAGAAAAUACAUGGCAUAGUUCUUGCUCUCCACAAACACUCACUAAAUCCAGACACAUCUCCUAAAAAUAUGUGUGUCUUUUUAGAAGAAAGUCAUCAGAAUGUGAAGACAUGAAGGAGGACAUAAAAACACACUAGAUGUCUGACUCUAAAUCUCUGCUCAAGUGUCUCACUUUUCUUCUUCAGAGGUUGAAUCAGACUAAAUGUUUCAUGUUUUUGAUCACUUAGAAUGACCAAAUAUACUCUGUUUGCUAAAUUCCAGAAAUAUUAUUUUUUAAUCUUUCCUCAGUUUAAAUAACCUUUUAAACUGUUUGACUUUGGUCAGAUAUUUUGUUUGUCCCUCAGCAAGCUUCUUUCAACAAUUUGCUGGAGUUUGGGCCCAUUCAUCCUGGCAGAACUGGUAUAACUGGGUGAGGCUUGUAGGCCGGCACGCCUACACAGACCUUUGUAGCCCUGCCUGACUUUGGUCAGAGAUUUUGUUUGUCCCUCAGCAAGCUUCUUUCAACAAUUUGCUGGAGUUUGGGCCCAUUCAUCCUGGCAGAACUGGUAUAACUGGGUGAGGCUUGUAGGCCGGCACACCUACACAGACCUUUGUAGCCCUGCCUACAAGUUCAAUGGGACUGAGAUUAGGGCUUUCUGAAUUCCACUCCAGAACAUUAAAUAUGUUGUCCUUAAGCCACUUUAUAACCAGUUUAGCAGUAGGCCUAUGCGGGGGGUCAUAGUUCAAUUUGAAGACCUAUUUUUGCCCAACCUUUAACUUCCUGCCUAAAAUUUCAUGUCAAUGUUUCCACAUAAUGUUCUUUUCUCAUGAUGCCAUUGUGUGAAAUGCACCAGUUCAUCUUGUAGCAAAAGACCCCUACAACAUGAUACUGCCACUCCCAUACUUUAAAGUUGGGAAGAUGUUCUCUGGCUUUCAAAUUGUCCUGUUCAUCCUCAAAAUGUUACAUUGGUCAUUAAGGAUAAGUACUUCAAAAUUUGUUUCUUUAGACCAGACAUAUCUCAAAACAUUAAGGUGUUUGCCCGAGUGGAUCUGCAGACCGUAUACUGGCUUUUUGUUUUGCUGUUGGAGUGAUGGUGUCAUCCUCUGAGUGACCUUUCAACCUAUGUUGGUACAGGACACAUUUCACUGUGGAUAAUAACCCUCCAGCUUCAGCCACCAUCUUCACAAGGUCUUUUUAUUUUUAUUGAUGUGCAAAUUUCACACCAGAACACAUCAGUUCUGGGACACAGAACAUGUUUCCUUCUUGAACAGUAUGGUGGCUGGACAUUCCCAUGCUGCUUAUACUUCCAUAUAUUUGUUUGAAGACAAGAACAUGAAACCUUCAGGCAUUUGAAGAUUGUAUCGAAACAUAAACUAGACUUGUGGACAUCCACAAUUCUAUCCCCUCUACAUUGGCUGAUUUCUUUUGUUUUUUCCAUUGAUGUCACACAAGAAAGCAGAGUUUUGAGGUGUGGUGAAAUACAUCCACAACUUAAAUGUUGUGAAUUAAACUAUGAGACACUUAGAACGCUAUGACACAUUCAUAUGGAUUCCCCAGGUUGUUUAAAGGCAAAGUCAGUUUAGUGUAAAGUUUUAUGUGAAGUUCUGACUUCGAAGAAAGGUAAAGGUUUCGCAUUAUUGUGGCAUUUUACACUUAGAAAUAUUUUUGGUAAUGCUAACCGACCCAAAACAAAAAGGUUUUAAUAUCAGACAGUGAGGAGAAAUGUAUUUGUCUUUUUAAACAGUGUAUGUCAGUAUUAGGUAUGACCUGUAGAUUACUGCUGGAGGAAAACAGUUUUGAAAGUGUCUUGUGCAUAAGAAAAUGACUGAUGCUGAGGAGAAUUAUUCAAAUUAGGGAAAUAUGCUGAAAAGAGAUUUCCACUUAGUUAUUCAGAUAUUGACAUGUAUUAACAGCAUUAUUAUUGUUUCUAAUAAGAUGGUAUACAAAUGUGGAUGUUAAUAAGUCAGUUUGCUAUAUUUAAUAUACUGCUGUGAAAUUCUAACAAUGUGAAAAAGAUGUGUAUAUUAAGCAGUUACUGGUAUGUACAUAAGUUUAUGUUGAGUCUAAUUUCAAGCAUGAUUUGAAUAUAUCAAACUUUGACUCAUUGUUUGUUUUGUAUUUGUAAAAUUGUCCUGAUGAAACAGUGGUUGUGUGACAGCCUGAGAUCAGUGCCAUACAACAGAGCUUUUGUGAGAAGGCUGUGUUGUUGUAGAGUAAAUCUUUUGUAGCCACAGGAACUUUAACAUAAAAACCAGACAGGGAUGCUGUGGAUCAUUACUGUGACCACUUUGUUCUGUUUUUCCUUUUUCCUGUUGAAUUAAAACAAUUUCUGCAGCAGCCAUGGGACUGCUCACUCAUAAAUCAUACCUCACCAUCUCUGAAUGUUCCUGUUUGUUGUUCACAUGACGGGAAGCUGCAAGAAUCUCCAUUCGUUGUUAGAGACUCUGCUGUGGAUCCCUGAUAUGAAAGGGUGCUGUGUGUACCAUUCGAGCUUCAAUAAACCAUUUCCACAUUAA